AUGGUUGAAUCUACUCCUCAAACACCACCAGACAGUCCUCAAGAUCAGACUUCUCAACAUCAAACUUCGUCUGCAACUCCAAUCAUUCCUGCCUCAGGAAGCUCCAGAAUUUCAGAUCCAUAUGUUAUCCAUCCCAGUGAUAACCCUGCCACUGUUUUGUUUUCUCCAUUGUUACAGGGUGACAAUUAUGGAUCCUGGGUUCGUGGAAUCACCAAGGCCCUCAACGCAAAAGGGAAACUUGGAUUCGUAGAUGGUACUCUUCCUCCUCCUACUGAUGCUCUUGCCUAUCAGUGCUGGAAGAGAUGCGACGAUCUGGUGGGCAGUUGGCUUCUCAACUCAUGCCAACCUGAUAUCCGGGCAAGCUGUCUAUAUGCUCCUUCUUCUCAUGCAAUAUGGAAGGAUCUGCAAGUGAGGUUUUGUAUCUCUAAUGCACCUAUUUUAUUUCGAUUGAAAUCUGCCAUAGCUGCUAUACGGCAAGAGUCGAUGUCUGUUUCCUUAUACUACACAAAGAUUAAAACAUUAUGGGAUCAAUAUGACUCCCUUGUUGCUGUUACUGAGGUGUGUAUUUGUGGUGCUGGGAAACACCUGCUUGAACGCCUAGAGCGUGACAGAGCCAUGGAGUUUCUUCAGGGCUUGCAUGAUCGUUUCUCUAAUCUCAGAAGUCAGAUCCUGUUGAUGGACCCUUUUCCAACUGCUCUGCGCAUAUUCAACAUGGUGCAGCAAGAAGAGGAACAACAACAUAUCACUUCCAGCCCUCUUCCCAACAUCGAGUUUGCUGCUUUGAACACCAACCGUUACGCUGCAUCCUCAUCUGGUUCUCGUCCUGCUACCAGCCAUUUAUUGCGAUAA